ACCGCUUUGUUUGCAAUAGCUUUCCCGCCAAAACGGCAGAAUCAUAAUUUUCCCCAUUUUCCUUCUCUUCUCACCCGUUUGAUUCUGCCGCCAUGGAUAUGGACUUCGAUCUCCUUCCGGAUGAGCUUGAAUUGCUCGAAGAGAGCUACCGCAUCAACGAAGAAUACUCACAUUUUGACCCUACUACGGAACCCUAUCCUUACGAAGAAGAAGAAGAAGAUGAACACUUACAACAACAGCAACAGCAACAAUCCACCUCAAAAGCUAAAUCACCUUUUCCAGAAGCUCAAAUCAACGACCACAAGCGUACUAGGCCAUCAGACGGCCCCGAUGCGUCUGCUGAGGGAGUAUUCAGACCGUCCGAUGAGAAACGGAGUAGAAUCGAUGAAGACAUAGUCCUCGAUGAAGAUGAGGGUUUGCUUCGGUACUUGCCGCCUGAGGUAACCGAGCCUAUUGUGGAAGAAAUAGUAGAGAAUGUUGAGGAGGAGAAGGUUUUAUGGAGGUUUGCGUCGGAGAUUGAUGGAGAUUUUAUUCCCAUCACGGCUCCUAGCGGUGGUGAUAGGGUCUAUGCGAAAGUAACUACGGAGGAGAUGAAUGAGCGACGGGAGAAAUUGUAUUUGAAAACCCCUUCCGCAGGUCUUAUUGGUGAAUCAAUUGAUGUUCUAUUGCAUAAAGUGGAACAAGAGGCUUUUACUAAGUCCCUACAAGCUAGUUCUGGAAGCCAGAGUGAAAUGGUCCUUAGUGAAACACCAGUUGUUCAUGAACAACUUUGGGUGGAUAAAUAUGCACCAUUUUCGUUUACUGAGCUUCUAAGUGAUGAGCAUACAAAUCGUGAGGUUCUUCUGUGGUUGAAACAAUGGGAUUCUUGUGUAUAUGGUUCUGAAGUUAGGAGUACAUCAACUGAGGUUUUAUCUGCUUUGAGAAGACAUUCAUCUGUUGGUCAACAUCAUAAAUUUUCUGGGUCUAAUUCUUCGAGGAAUAACAAAGGAUCCAGAUGGAAUAAGGAAAAUUUUAAACAAUCAGAUGAUUCUGAGAACAAAAAUGCUAAUUCAGUAGCUGCCCAGGAUUUAUGGAACAAGAAGACAAGAUGUACUGGACCACCGGAACAGAAGAUUCUUUUACUUUGCGGUCCCCCAGGGCUUGGAAAGACAACACUUGCACAUGUUGCUGCAAGGCAUUGUGGGUAUCGUGUUGUAGAGAUUAAUGCUAGUGAUGACCGGUCUUCAGCAACAAUAGAAGCAAAAAUUAUUGAUGUUGUUCAGACGAACUCUGUCACAGUUGACACUAGACCUAAGUGCUUGGUGAUUGAUGAAAUAGAUGGAGCUCUUGGUGAUGGGAAGGGUGCUGUGGAGGUUAUUUUAAAGAUGGUCUCUGCUGAUAAGAAGUCUGAUGGAGGGAAGGAGAAUGUAGCUAAUGAAGACAAUGCACAAAAAACAUCCUCGAAGAAGGGCCGUAAAAGUGAACCUCUGUCAAGGCCUGUAAUUUGCAUUUGCAAUGACCUAUAUGCACCUGCCUUAAGACCAUUGCGUCAGGUGGCAAAGGUUCAUGUGUUUGUUCAACCAACAGUUAGUCGUGUAGUGAGCAGGCUCAAAUAUAUAUGCAACAAAGAGGGGAUGAAAACUAGCUCAAUUGGACUCACUGCACUUGCUGAUUAUACAGAAUGUGACAUACGCUCAUGCUUGAACACUCUUCAGUUCCUACACAAAAAGAAGGAAUCCCUCAAUGUGCUGGAGGUUGGUUCUCAAGUGGUUGGACGAAAAGACAUGUCAAAAAGUGUCUUUGAUAUCUGGAAAGAGGUUUUCCAAAAGAGAAAACCGAAAAGAGAAAGGAGAUCCAAUAAUAGUAGUCAGACCAAUUCCAAUGAGUUUGACUCUUUGCACUCUCUCAUUUCUAGCCGUGGUGACUAUGAUUUAAUCAUGGAUGGCAUACAUGAAAAUAUUUUGCAGCUGCAUUAUCAUGACCCAGUGAUGCAAAAAACUGUCAAAUGCUUUGAUAAUCUUGGAGUUUCUGACUACAUGCACCAAUAUAUUAUGCGCACUCAACAAAUGUCUCUUUAUGCUUACCAGCCAGCUAUUGCAAUUACCAUACAUCGUAUGGUAGCCCAAAUUCAAAAACCAAAUAUUGAGUGGCCAAAGUCUAAUCAAAGAUGCCGAACAAUGGUGAUUGAAAAAAGAGAUACUUUAAGUUCUUGGUUCCACACGAUUCCACCGCAUAUUUCAAGGCAUUUAUCUCCUACAUCCUUCGUAGAAGAAUCAGUUUCUCUACUAUUACACAUUCUGUCACCUUCAACUCUAAGACCGGCUGCAUUAAACUCACUAUCAGAAAAGGAGAAAGCGGAUCUGGAUCAGUUAGUUGGCAAGAUGGUAUCUUAUUCGUUAACGUAUAAGAAUGUGAAAUCAAACCCUCUUCCUAGUGACCUGGGAAAUGGAGCAACAUCAGAUGUCACGGUUCUUGCAUUUGAUCCCCCCAUCGCUGACUUUAUCAAUUUCAAGGGGUACAAGUCUGGCCAUUACGUACUUGCAUUAGCAAUGAAGCAGGUGCUGGUAAACGAGGUGGAAAAGCAAAAGAUCUUGCAAGUAAGCACUAGGAGAUUUGCGAGUUUAACUAAUGGAGGAAAUGAGGGUAACCAAGUUCUUUUAGGAGAAGAAACCAGCAGAUCACAACCUGAUAAAGCAGCUAAAAUCUUUGGAAAAACUUCAAGGCCUUCAAAUCCUAGCAUCUCUGCUACUUCUUGUAACUCUGAUUCCAGCAGAAGCGGUACCACAGCAAGUGUGAAUUUGAAGUCAGCCAAACCUCCAAAGAGAUCCUCUACAAGUUUUUUUGACAGGUUCAAAAGGAUUGGUACUGGUUCUCAGAAUUCUGAGAAUGUUGUCCCAAAGGAAGAAACCGCAGAGAGAGACUUACGUCCACUGCUGUUUAAAUUUAACGAGGGUUUUACAAAUGCAGUAAAGAGGCCAGUUCGCAUUCGUGAGUUUCUGCUAUGAUGAAUCGUGGUUUCUGUAAGCAACGUCGGGAAUCUUAGCCACAUUUUCUUGCAAAUUCUAUUCACUACCUUUCCCUCUAAAUCUAUACAUAAAUGUACUUAAUAUGUAUGCAUUUAUACUCAAAAGUCAUAAUAUUUUUGUAUCAAUAGCCAUGUAAAGACUGAAGCAUUUUCCAUAUGCAAUAACCAUACCAGGUUUCAGUUGCAGCAAAGGAGCAAUGAGAUGGACAGGCAGCAAAGGAGAGUAAUUUCAAUAAAAUGGUAACAUUGUUUUGCUUGCCUGCCUCCAAAUCAUUAUAAAAAAAUUCUGAGAAAAACCUUAGAUUAGAAGCACAUAAUUUUUCAU